AUGAUUUGGCUGACCGAAGUACAAAAAUUCGGCGUUGGCUUCACUGCGGGUGGAGUCCUGCUUUUUUUCUUGGGCGUUGUCACUUUCUUUGAUUCGGCCCUGCUUGCGAUGAGUAACCUAUUGUUCAUCAUUGGAUUGGUGCUCAUUAUUGGUCCGCAGAAAACCGUGUACUUUUUCACCAGACCACAAAAGAUCAGAGGGUCCAUUUGCUUUCUGUUUGGAGUUCUUCUCAUAUUGAUGAAAUAUUCGUUUUGGGGAUUUUUAGUAGAAAGUUUUGGCAUUUUGGGAUUAUUCGGAGAGUUUUUUGCUACAGUGGUGCAGUUCCUUAGAUCUCUUCCUUACAUUGGCCCAAUUCUCUCGAACCCGUUUAUUGGUCCUGUUCUGGACAGAUUGGCCGGUGUUCGAGUUCUGCCAGUGUGA